CCGCGGCGGGUAGGGACGCGAGCGCUGCGCGAUGAGCGGCGCCGGGGACCGCGGCCCCGAGGCGGGCGCUGCCCGGGCCGAGUCCCCGGGCGCGGCGCUGAGCGUGGACGUAGCGGGGCUGCUGGCGCAGCUGGCGCGCAGCUUCGCGCUGCUGCUGCCGGUGUACGCGCUGGGCUACCUGGGCCUGAGCUUCAGCUGGGUGCUGCUGGCGCUCGGGCUGCUCGUGUGGUGCCGGAGGAGCCGCGGCCUCAAGGCGACCCGCCUGUGCCGCGCGCUGGCGCUGCUGGAGGACGAGGAGCGCGCCGUGCGCCUGGGGGUGCGCGCCUGCGACCUGCCGGCCUGGGUUCAUUUUCCAGACACUGAGAGAGCAGAAUGGCUAAAUAAGACCGUAAAACACAUGUGGCCUUUUAUUUGCCAGUUUAUAGAGAAGUUGUUUCGAGAAACCAUAGAGCCAGCUGUGCGAGGAGCAAACACCCACCUCAGCACCUUUAGUUUCACAAAAGUUGAUGUGGGUCAGCAGCCACUCAGGAUCAAUGGUGUGAAGGUGUACACUGAAAAUGUAGACAAAAGGCAAAUUAUUUUGGACCUUCAAAUUAGUUUUGUAGGAAACUGUGAGAUUGAUUUGGAGAUCAAGCGAUAUUUUUGUAGAGCUGGUGUGCAAAGUAUACAGAUUCAUGGUACAAUGCGGGUGAUCCUGGAACCGUUGAUUGGAGACAUGCCCUUAGUGGGAGCCUUGUCUAUCUUCUUCCUUAGGAAACCACUGAUAGAAAUUAAUUGGACAGGACUGACUAAUCUUCUCGAUAUCCCUGGAUUAAAUGGUCUGUCAGAUACCAUCAUUCUGGAUAUAAUAUCAAACUAUCUGGUGCUUCCCAAUCGGAUCACCGUUCCUCUUGUCAGUGAAGUUCAAAUAGCACAGUUGCGGUUUCCUAUACCAAAGGGUGUCCUAAGGAUACAUUUUAUCGAAGCUCAGGACCUUCAGGGGAAAGAUACUUACCUUAAGGGACUCGUCAAGGGAAAGUCGGACCCCUAUGGGAUUAUUCGAGUCGGCAACCAGAUCUUCCAAAGCAAAGUCAUCAAAGAGAACCUCAGUCCGAAGUGGAACGAGGUAUACGAGGCUUUAGUCUAUGAACAUCCCGGACAGGAAUUAGAGAUUGAGCUCUUUGACGAAGACCCGGACAAGGAUGACUUCUUAGGAAGUCUUAUGAUUGAUCUUAUUGAAGUUGAAAAGGAGCGCCUUUAGAUGAAGUAAUGGUUCACCCUGGACGAGGUCCCAAGAGGAAAGCUGCACUUGAAACUGGAGUGGCUCACGUUGAUGCCAAAUGCUUCAAACCUCGAUAAGGUGCUGACAGACAUCAGGGCUGACAAAGACCAAGCCAAUGAUGGUCUUUCCUCUUCGUUGCUGAUCUUGUAUUUGGAUUCAGCAAGGAACCUUCCGAGUAACCCAUUAGAAUUUAACCCUGAUGUCUUGAAGAAGUCUGCAGUUCAGAAAGCUUUAAAGUCAGGGAAGAAAAUAAACAGCAAUCCAAACCCUCUUGUCCAGAUGUCAGUUGGACACAAGGCCCAGGAGAGCAAGAUUCGGUACAAAACCAAUGAACCUGUAUGGGAAGAAAACUUCACCUUCUUCAUUCACAAUCCCAAGCGCCAGGACCUUGAAGUCGAGGUCAAAGAUGAACAGCAUCAGUGUUCUCUGGGGCACCUGAAGAUCCCUCUCAGUCAGCUGCUUACCAGCAAUGACAUGACCAUGAACCAGCGAUUUCAACUCAGUAAUUCAGGUCCAAACAGCACUCUGAAGAUGAAGAUCGCCCUCAGGAUACUCCACCUUGAAAAGCCAGAAAGGUCCCCAGACCACCAACACUCAGCUCAAGUAAAGCGACCCUCUGUUUCCAAAGAAGGGAGAGAAAUAUCUGUCAGAUCUCACGCGUCCGCAUCGCCGGGCUCCGCUGAUGGCAGCACAGCCCCGUGCACACCAGUCGUCGGGGGCAGCGAUAAGCCUGGCGUGGAAGAGGGGGCCCAGCCUGUGGAGGCCAGCCCCCAAGGCCCACGCGACCUGGGCAGGAGCUCCUCCAGCCUCCAGACCAGUGCCACCUGCUCCCCCAGCCACAUCUCCGUUAAGGAGCCCACUCCAAGCAUAGCCUCAGACAUAUCCCUGCCCAUCGCCACCCAGGAGCUUCGACAGAGGCUGCGGCAGCUAGAGAAUGGGACGACACUGGGGCAGUCGCCCCUGGGGCAGAUCCAGCUGACCAUCCGACACAGCUCGCAGAGAAACAAGCUUGUGGUGGUCGUGCACUCCUGCAGAAAUCUCAUUGCCUUCUCUGAAGAUGGCUCUGACCCCUAUGUCCGCAUGUAUUUGUUACCAGACAAGAGGAGGUCAGGAAGGAGAAAAACACACGUGUCAAAGAAAACACUGAACCCCGUGUUUGACCAGAGCUUUGAUUUCAGCGUUUCAUUACCAGAAGUACAGAGGAGGACACUGGAUGUAGCAGUAAAGAACAGUGGUGGCUUCCUGUCCAAAGACAAAGGGCUUCUUGGCAAAGUGUUGGUCGGUCUGGCGUCCGAAGAACUGGCCAAGGGCUGGACCCAGUGGUACGACCUCACAGAAGAUGGCACGAGACCACACGUGGUGACGUAGUCCCUGCCGGGCACGAGGAGCCCCCCCGGCGUGCCAACCACCUUCGUGCACUCGCAGCGCACCCUCCCACAGACGUACCAAUAUUGUUUUUAUAAUUUCAAUGUAUUUAGUUAUACAUAUCUUAAUAGUUUUAUAAAACAUGUUGACGUUUUAGGCAUAUUUGGCCAAUAUUAUCAUUAAAUUUUGUAUGUUUAAUUUCCUGUAGUAUUUGCCGGUUAUUCUAGUGUAUAAUAGGGUAGUAGUUAGUUACCGUGUCGCGUAAGGCUGUAUGUCUGUUGUAUCGAUGAGGAAGCAGAUCUAUGUAUAUGCUUUACUGUUGCCUUGUUUUGUACAUCGCUGAGGUACACUCUGCCAUGUAAAUAGACUAUUUUUUAUAAUCUCUACCUGCUGGUUUGAACUCUGAAGAAAAUGGAUUAAGGAAAUAUAUUUUUUUUCUAAGACUUAUUAAAUUCUUAUGACACAUAAUCAUUUUGUCUUUGCAGGAAAAGUUCUCAGUGACCAAUUUUGUGGUAUUUUCUUUUUAAAAAGAAAAGCUGAAAGACUAAAUAUUAAAUAAGUAUAGUUCUGCCCAUCACGAAUGAAGAAAAUAUUCAAAAUAUUACCACUUUUAUAAAUAUAAAUAUGUAUUUUUGAGAAGUCAGAUGAAGUGCUUCUAAGGAAAAAUGUGUAACUGAGUAAGACAUAAUACUAAGAGGAUGUCAUAUCAUCAUGGUGCACUAACUUGAAGUUUCUUACAUGAAAUGUCUUAAUUGCUUGAUGGAAUGUAUUCAUGAAAUAGUACGCAGAUACACAGUUAUACUUCCUAAAAUACAACCCAGAUUUUCAGUGUUAGCAGUUAGGCUAUUGUGAAAUAGUCGGUCAUAAGGUUUGUUAGUUUUCAGUGUUUUCCCAGCCUGUGAAGACAGAGACAGGCUCACGUGGUCACCAUAAAGUUUGUGGGCUGGAUCUGGGUAAGGAGGAAAUUGUUUUAAAAACCAACAGCUCAUUCAUUCACCCGUCAGUGUGACAUCAUACGUUGACAGAACCCCUGAGGUGGCGUUGGCUUCCUUUUGCCCAACACAGAGGCCACUAUUGGGGCCACAGGGUUCCAGCACGGCGGCUGGUGAUUGUAAUUAACCGUUUCCGGGGUUUCCUCACUUUAUGCCGUGACUGACCUCAGUAUUGGGAUAUUGUUAUACAGUUUUUGUUUUGGAAUAUGUUUUUCUGUUUAGAUUACUAAAAGCAUGUUUUACAUCCUCGAGUCCCAGACCUCUUGGGGGUUGAGGCUCCAUGGCAGUGUCUAAGCCGUGCACGCCUGUGAGAAACACGCACGGACUCAGAGUUUUCAGUAUGUUAAGCUGUAUGGUGCAAAUGAGUCCUUAGCUAUCAGAACAUUCUGAAAUCAUGUGUGAGGACAUUGGGGAAAUCGAGCUUUGUGGUUGAAACUGGGGAUCUUGCCAUGAAUCACUCCACAGACUCGUGGGCGGCCCGUGUGACCAAACACACCAAAGUGCCUGUGGUGGAUGCUGGUUGUUACCUUGCGUACUUCUGCCUGCCAACAGAUCUUACCCUUCUCUUAGUUCACACUUUAAACCGGAGGUUUAUAUAUAAUGGAGCCUAUAGCCUCACAACACAGUUCAUGUAAUCAUAAAGACCAGUGUAAUCUCCCUGCUUCCUACUUGAUGGAACUUCACUAUAAAGCCUCAUUAUAAACCAUUUCCCAUGUUAAUGUACAGGAGGAAGUGGAUGAAUAUAUUGGUGCCCACAAAACAUUUAACUGCGGUGGUGUUUUAGCAGUGUGAUAAAGGCAGGUAAUUACUUAAUAAACCUAGUCGUCAGUCCAUGGUAUUAGAUUUAUUGAAGAUUUUUUUUCAAUUGAGUCUGUUGAAGGGCCUCUGGCAUAAUCUAUAAAAAGUGAACGACCGCUCACUGGAAUUUACAAUACCAGUAAUUUUUACCAACAUCCUGAACAUCUGGGUUUUGCCUUGUGCUCACCUUGAGGUAUGUAUUCACCUUAUGCAGCGCUCUAAGCAAUUAGGCAAAAUAAGUACAAGGAAGAGUAUAAAGCCAGUGGCAGCAUGACACCCGCCUUGUGCCGCAGGGACGGAGGAGCCUGGAGAUGGACCUUGGCAGCGGGCUUCCUUCUCUUUAGAAGGAAAGGGACGAUUCUGAGGACAUAAAACAAAAAAACCUUUCCAGGUGUGAUUCUGUCCUUCAUGGCCAAAUGAGCGGUCAGUGGGAAGCUCUGGUAUUCCGUGGGAAGGACUGAGAAUUCCGCUCACGGCCGGACUCCGCACUCCAGGGUCCCCAGAUCGGCAUCCCUGCUCCUUAAUGACCGAUUCGUCUAGGAAAAGGGAACGUUAACUUCUCUGUAUUGAGCCGAAUCAACGGGAGGAAAAUUAACUUACACAGAUUUGAGUUCUGUUUGUCCAUGUGGGUUGCUUCUCCUGUGCCUUAGCGUACGGAAGUGUGACGCCGGUGUUUCCAAGUUCCAGAUCGUUGCUGUACUCACGGCAACUCUGUUCUGUGCUACGAGAUAGUGUUCGUCAGGAGGUCAGCCCUUUUUCUUCAGGAACCGAAGCUCAGUGGAGAACAGCGUAUAUGCGCGUUUAUACUCGGGCUGUCCGCCACUGCAGAUGGAAAACAGCAGAGGGCUUUUUUUAAUUGUUAUUAGAGAAUGUCCUUUUUGAUCAACUAAUUUUACAUGACAGUGCAUGUAUUUAUUCAAUAAACUCUUACGUUAGCUCA